CAUAGUUGAGCUCUCCAAGACAGCCAAGUCAUGGAAGGCAGCACGGGCGUGGAUGCGUUGGAUAAUACAAUAGCUAAUUCUUAUUCAGCCGUUUACUGUGAAACUCAAUUCCAAAAUCUUACCAUCUCUGUAAUUUUUAAAAUACGUGCGUAGUCGUUGCAACUUUUCAUCUGCAUCCUUUUUUUUUCUGGCUGCGCCCUUGCAUUCGCAUCAUCAUCAAUCGACUGCAUGGUUUGUUCAGUGUAGGUCUAGGUCUAGGUCUAGGUCUUAACUAGGUAUUACACCUCCAUUACGACAUUUCGCUCCUUUCACUCGAGCUUACUACCGUUGUCGAUUCUACCCGAUUGUCUUACCUUCGAUUCUCGAUUCUCGAUAGCUACAAAAAAUAUCGAUAUUAUACCAAAUUGAGGCCAUGUCUCUCUUUGGUACUUCACCUCCAAAUGAACCCUCGUCUUCCGGUAACCCAAGCAUGGCGCGAUCGUCCUUGUUCGACGAUGAUGGACCUAUGACUCGCUCGACUUCGGAUACCCUCUUUAACGAUGACGAUUUCGGUGGCAGUGGCAGAGCUUCGCCUUGGGAUAUGCCUACCCCAAGAAAACAGCAAUCGCGUGCCGAACUCCUCCGAAGACUCCUCGAUGGCGUCGAUAUACCAGAUAGCUAUAUUGAGGCAUUCGACAGGGCCGUGCAAGAGGAUGGAAGUGCCGGCAAGGUCACAUUGUCAGGUGUCACCAAGACGCUUGCUGCAGCUAAACUAGGCGCCGAUGACCAGGCGCAGAUAAUGGGAAUACUUGCGCCGGCUGGUAACCUUGAUCCUAUCGGUCGCAACGAGUUUAACGUGUUAAUGACUCUUAUCGGCCUUGCGCAAGAAGGUGAAUCUAUAAGUUUAGAUGGAGUUGACGAAAGGAGACGCAACUUGCCGCAAGCCCAAUUAUCAUCAGCGCCGGCCAAAAAACCUAUCUUUCCAGAUACUGCAGAACUUGCAGCAAAACCGCCGCAGCAACCCGAAAACCUGCCCACCUCGUUCGCUUCCCAAUCCCGAGGUAGAAAAUCAUCCAUGGACGGUCCCGAGGACGAUCCGUGGAAUUCAUCUGAUGUUCACAGACACCAUCACCACGGAGAGCCGCCCAAGACUAACGGUUCCAACCAUGCUAAUAUACUGAAUGGCAAUGGUUACGGCCAUUCCGAUGCCCCUGAUUUGCACUCUCGCACAACCUCCAACUUUACGACCCCUACAAUGGCUUCGGCGGGUGGUGCGGUUCCUCAAUCUGCUGGUGGCUCCGCAUCUUCGAAUUCAGGUGGCUGGGGAUAUUUCGACGGCAACAACGUCGAAGGCCUUGGUGAAGCAUCCCCGCAUCACCCGACGAACCCCUUUGGAGGCCCGGGCGAUAGAGAAGGUCGCGAUCCGGGUACUCACCCAACCGUUAGCCAUUCAAGGACCAUUAGUGGUGGUCGGUCUGGCAUCGCGGUUGAGGAGAAUGUCACGGUUUCGCUAAUGCCGGAGAAAGAGGGCGUGUUCUUAUUCCAACACCACAAUUAUGAGGUUACAAGUUCGCGGCGCGGCAGCAAAGUUAUCCGCAGGUAUAGCGAUUUCGUAUGGUUACUCGAUUGUUUGCAUAAGAGAUAUCCGUUCCGGGCAUUACCUCUUCUCCCGCCCAAGAGAGUUGCGGUCAACGGAAACCACCUUUCCAACGACGGCGCGUUUAUCGAGAAGCGAAGACGCGGUCUGGCCAGGUUCCUAAAUACGCUGGUCCGACACCCUGUUCUAGGUCAGGAACAGCUUGUUAUAAUGUUCUUGACUGUUCCAACGGAACUUGCGGUAUGGCGUAAACAAGCAGCUAUCUCGGUGGUUGACGAAUUUACCGGCCGGGCGCUACCUCCUGGCCUCGAAGAAUCUCUGCCGUCCUCGUUGGAGGAACUGUUCGAGCGCACCAGACAAGGUGUUAAGCGAUCUGCCGAAUUGUACAUCUCAACUUGCAACAUCAUGGACCGUCUUGUAAAGCGGAGCGAAGGUGUAGCAGCCGAUCACGGUCGCUUGGCUGUAUCUUUAACAUCCCUUACGGAAGCGAGCUCUGAUACCUACGCCACCGAUACCAAUGACGUACCUCUUUUGAAUGACGGUCUAGUCGCUAUGAGCCGACACUUACAGACGACCCAAAGCUUGAUGGAGGAUGAAAGCAAGGCGUGGGAUGCAGGCGUGCUAGAAGACCUAAAGAAGCAGCGCGACGCACUUGUCAGCCUUAGGGAGCUGUUCGACCGAAGAGAAAGAUUAGACAAAGACAACAUCCCAUAUCUAGAACGGCGUAUCCAAAGCAACGAGACGAAGCUAGCAAGUUUACGAUCCAAGCCAGAGAUCAAGCCAGGCGAGAUUGAGAAGGUUGUUGAAGCAAUCAUAAAGGAUAAGGAAUCUAUCGUCAACCAGCACAACCGCUCUAUAUUUGUGAAGGAGUGUCUGCGUGAUGAGCUUAUCUACUUCCAACAGACACAAUUCCACGUCAGCCGAUGGAACCAAGACUGGGCACAGGAACGUGUCAAGUAUUCGGAGAUGUUAGCUGACAAUUGGCGCCGCUUGCUCGAUGAGCUCGAGGGUAUGCCCCUUGGCGACUAGAACUCCCGGCGAGGAACGACCAAGGGCAAGACUAUGAUCAAAGCGGAGGCCAGGGCGGAAGGAUCAGUAGAACAGGAAGAUAUUGACGAGCAGCAGUUAUGUCUUGGGGAGAGGGGGGCUGGUAUAUUAAUGGUUGCAUAACCCUAGACUGCAUAUAUUUGGGCUUGGGCUUUGUGGAGUGUAUUACAUUGCCCCUCCUUGGAGUUGGCGAGUUUGCAUUGCUGUACUCCUUUCUUUUUCUUUCGUCUUCUUUUUUUUCUUUGCAGUAUUUAUAAGGGAAUGAGCAUAUGCUGAGGAGGGGAGUCGCACUUAUCACACUAUACCCUUCUUUCGUUUCCGUCAACUAUACAUUAUUGGUAAUUCGUUCCUAUGGAAGAUACAUCUUCUCCCUAACUCUAAACUCUAAUGGUAGGACAGAGAUGAGUAGCUAGCUGACUUGGUGGUAUGAUGAAAGAAAAUUCCAAAUAAUAAAAGUAAUUUUACCUA